AAAGAUCAUCCAGAGAGUCUUAGGAGGCCUGCUGGGUCGGAGAGGGAACAAUGCAGAGAUCAUCCAGAGAGUCAUCAACAACCUGAAGAAGAUGAAGACUGAUUACAUUUCUCCUGACAGAAGCAUCAACAUCUUCCACUGUCUGACUGAGAUGAACGACCACUCAGUUCAUGAGCAGAUGAAACAGUUCCUGACGUCAGAGAACAGAUCAAAGGAGAAACUCUCUGAGAUCCACUGCUCAGCUCUGGCCUACAUGCUGCAGAUGUCAGAGGAGGUUCUGGAUGAGUUGGACAUGGAGAAGUUCAACACAUCACACCAGGGUCGAUGGAGACUGAUCCCAGCUGUGAGGAACUGCAGGAAGGCUCUACUCGCUGGUUGUGAACUCUCAGGGACUCAGUGUGAAGUCGUGGCCUCAGCUCUGAAGUCAGACCCCUCACAUCUGAGAGAACUGGAUCUGAGCUUCAACUUCUACAUGCAGGAUUCAGGAGUGAAGCUGCUGUGUUCUGGACUGGAGAGUCCAAACUGUCGACUGGAGACUCUGAGGUCCUUAAAUCCUUCUUCACUCUUCAAACUUUCUUUCUUAUUGGGUCAUUAUUUAUUUAAAUUGUCUCAGUUCUGCUCUGCUCACUGUCCCUCAGUCAUCUGUCCCUCACCCAGCCUGUCAGUCACGUCCACCUCAUCAACUCCAUUCACCUGCACUCACCUGCUCCUGAUCACUGAGAAAGUGUCAGUAAAUAACAUGUGGACUGAGGCCGAGCACUCGUCCUCCUCAGGUUUUCAAAAUAAGACACAUUCUUAUUGAAACACGUUGGACAGUUGAUAAGUAUAGAAACAAACAGGAAGUGACAUC